AUGCGAUAUGGCUCCUCCUUGACUGGCCUCCACUGCCUGCUCCCGAUCUUCCGUUCGGUUGAUGCUUUCGCUGUGGAACCGUCUUGGACCGACUGCAUCUUGUCGGUGGAUACCAUGUUGCAGCUACCGAUGAACGUAUUGUUCGACCAAACAACUACCGAUAUCGGUUUCCUAUACCACAAACAGAUUCGUAUGCUGCCUGCUCAUGUCUUCUUAGAGCCUAGUCGUCUCCCGGAUGCGUUGGUGUUCAAACCAAGAACUACUAGUUCCAGCCCUGGUCUUCUUUCCAGAAUGACCACGGCCGUCCGUGCCACCACCAUCCAAUUUUUGCCUACGUUAUGCCCUGAUUCCCUUGUUUCUCCUGCUGGCCCUGAGCCAUUACUUGUCACCGGUGGAGGUGUUGAUCUGUCGCCCUACUAUUGUCACAAGCUCUUCUACCAAGGUAUUCAGAUUCUGUCCAUGUCUGGUACCGAGCUCCGUGCAAUGUACAUGCGCGAUCACCCUCCAAUAACCGACCCUCGGGUGGAUGUAAAUCGACUCACUAUGGCCUCUUCUCUUCAAACGAAAAUGCCUAGUGCACCUCGUAAUCUUUGGUUCCGGUUGAUCCAUAAUAAGGUCUCAUCCAAAGCUAAUGUUAGUCCCAUCUUUAAGCUCCCAGAUGACUUAUGUGUGUACUGUGGCUAUCGUGAGACAACAACUCACAUGCUGUUUACCUGUCCUGCCAACUUGGAAAUUUGGUCCAAUUACUUUGCUCUGAUCUUCGUGCCUCUGGGGUCACUCGACAUGAGCCAAGUUGCCCAAGAUGUCCUGUCCCUCAACCUGUCCUCGUACUGUCUCUUGGACUCGCCUCUCAAGGUCUCCAUCUUUGAAGCAGUAACAUGUGUUUUAACAGCCAUCUGGCGUGUCAAGUGGCGCAAUCAUUAUGAUAACGUUGGCUUUGACAACCAGUCUGUAGUGGACCGUGCCAUGACCAACUUGAGACAAAUAUCGUCUUCAAAUCUAUUCAAAUAA